CAGGGCAACGAAGAAUAAACUGACACAAUUCUGCAAAAUCGCUGUCACGGUUGGGGCAUUUUGCAAGUGCAUGCGAGGAGCGCUCGUUAUUACAGUUUUUGUAACAGUGUUUUCGAAAUUGGAGUACAAAAGAAAUGUGUGGAUCACUUCUGUCGAAGUUUAAGAAUCCAACCAACAAGAUGCACUCAGGAAACAAAAGUUUUACGGACCCAAGCCAGGCUCCGAGUGAUAAAAGACUGACCGAGGAAGACGUGGCUUGGACUGAACACGGAGAGUUGUCUAAAGAUGGACAUCAAACUAGUGCAUCGAACGUUCGUUCCAUGAGAAAAAAACCCUGCACAAGCUCUCUCAAAGAGGGGUCUUCUAACGAAACUGAUUCUUCUGAAACAGAAACAGAAUCUGCCGUGUGCGCAUUGGUUGACCAAAGCAGAAACAUAUUCCCUUCCGCGCGCAUGAACAACAAGAAUGAUAGACUCCGCGUUUUGGAUCGCGAUGAUCAAUUGUUAGAAACUGCUCGUGAAAUACUUAUUUCUCAACUCCGUGCUUCCUCGUCAAGCUCCAAUUCUGCCCAAGCUGUCAAGCCUUUCAGUUCGGCCGUUUCCAGUGUUCCAAACAAGACGCGAGCCGCAGUGGCAUUUAACAUUCCUGCAGGAAAAGCGAAAUCGGUCUGUCCGCCUGCAAGAGUUCCAAGACGCUUCAGGCAGCGCAAAGUAGCACCCGAGCCUACUUUGGAAGAUAUAGAAGAGAAGAUGCGUGCUGUUGAGAAGAGGAAGAUGAAGGAGUUGGAGCGAGUCCGAGAGACCGCUCGUAGCAAGGCUAGACUGAGGCGACCACACCCUGUGAUGACUUCUGCCCAAGCAACCGCUGUAAAAAUCGCUGCUAAACAAGCAGCUGCAGAAAGAAAGCGUAGAGAAGAAAUGGAGAAGCGAAGACAAGCUGGAAGCAAAACUUCCCGAAGUAGGCGUAGAAUUGCAGAUGCACAGGCCUUCGUCAGGGACCAACUUCAGUUGUCCAUUCAACAUAAAGAGAAGGAGACCGAGCAGAGAAAAAUAAAGUGGCAGAUGAAGAUUGAUAAAAGGAAUAAGAUGAAACAGAAGUACGCCAAAAAAGUCAAAGAUAGAGUUACUCGAAGACUGCGAGAAGAAGAGGCAGAAAUCCGAGUAGAUCUUCAAGACAUGGAAACUUACAAAGCCUUGGAUGAUAGCAGCGACGAAUCUUGGGGAGACGAAGAAAAGGAGAGAGUCAAAUACGACUGGGAAGAUUUCUUCUCAGACUGAGGCCGACCUUUGAAUCAAGCGGUCUUGGAUGAUUGUGGAAACCACAAGUUUGCAUGUAGCUUGACCAACCAUAACAGACACAGAGUUGAUCUUGACCAAUCAGAACAUGGUUCUUUUCGCGCGCGUGGCGAGGGACAGGUUGUGUUACGAGUUCUGAUUGGUUUAUUUCACUGCUGUAGCUUCUUGUGAUUGGUCAGAUUGCAUGCCUACUUGUCUGGAUUCCCUCGGUCAUUAGAGACCGCUCUACUCUGGAUGUAUUUUAAAGUGGUCUUGAAGUUCGAAAAAACAUUGAAACAGCGCUGUAAUUGUUGAUAAAAAU